GCUCCUUCCCUGAGCAGAGAAAAAAGGACUCCAAUUUUCAACUCCAACUUGGUGAGCUGAGAGAUCCUCUGCAGGUUAUCAAGGAGUAAUAUUUGAUUUAGUUUCUCCUUCUUCAACUCCUGUUUUGAUCUAGUUGUUGUCUCUCAAGGUGAGAUAGAGAGGCCAUUCUUUGGCCAUUUUCUUGCAAUAAUUUCUGCAACAAGAGGUCUCCAUUUCAUCAUAGAACAGAAAUCCAGACCAUUUGUUCUUGGGUUUCUGCUCUUCUACAGAUUUCCUCAGUUCAGGGGCUUAUUUUUCUCUGCCCUCAGUUUGGUUCUCAGUUCUCUGUUCUUCUGAUAUCCUAGUUUAUUACACCUGCCCUGUUCCUUGCUUGGUUUUAGAACCAGUUGGAUUUGUUCUUCUAGCUAAUUUAGCUAAAACUUCUUGUUUUUCUUCAUAGAGAAGUCAUGGCCACUGCUGUGGAUAUGCAUAAUACCAUGCAAGUUUUCUCAUCAUCUUCAUCAGAUCCUUUGAGUGAAGCACUUGAAGCAAUUCAAGGUGCUCCAAGUCCAUACCUCCCCAGCUCUUCCCCUUCCGAGUCGUCUCCUUUCUCCUGUGACCAUCAUCAAAAUCCAAUCUUUGAUUCCUACUGUGGUUCCUUUUCGACAACAAUCGACAUGGCCGCAAUGAGCUUCUUGAGCCGAAUCCAAGACGACUAUGCCCUCGGCCGACAAGCUCGAAUCGGCCUCAAUUACUUACCCGCUGUUCAAUUCCAACAUCCACUCUCGGCAGCUGCCGAGCAGCAGCAAAUGGCUUACGCGGGCUUCCUUGGCCCCCGGCCGCAAUCCAUGAAACGAUCUGGCUGCUCCGCGUCGCCUCCGAAGCCCACCAAGCUCUACCGCGGUGUCCGGCAGCGCCAUUGGGGGAAAUGGGUCGCCGAGAUCCGCCUCCCCCGGAACCGCACUCGCCUCUGGCUCGGGACCUUCGAUACCGCAGAGGAAGCUGCCAUGGCCUAUGACCGUGCAGCAUUCAAGCUCCGGGGCGACGCCGCGAGGCUCAACUUCCCGGAACUUAGAAGAAAUGGAGCUCAUUUCGGCGCACCGCUCCACUCCUCUGUUGACGCCAAGCUCCAAGCCAUCUGCGAGAGCAUGGUCAGUUCACAGAAACAGGGGAAGACUAGACCAAACGUGGCAGCAGCGAACGAAAUCAUCAGCUCAGGCUCAGAGGACAACAAAUCCGAGAGCUCGUCUUCCCUCGAGGGAGACGAGACCUCCUCAGGAACAACAGCUGCCUCCCAAAUCCAGUACUUGGACUUCACUGAGGCACCAUGGGAUGAAUCAGAGAGCUUUAAGUUGCACAAGUAUCCAUCAUGGGAGAUCGACUGGGACUCUAUUCUCUCUUCCGAUCAGUAGUUCAUGUCAUGUUGUAAUCCUUUAGCUUUCUUCAGGUUCUGCUCUGUUAGUGGGUGUCUCCGGUGGCUGCUGCAAAUGGAUUUUUAGGCAUUGGCAUGGCCACUAUGUUGGUCUUAAUAAGCUUGAUGGUUCGAGUCUUAUGGAUGUUGCUUGUAGUCGAUCUCCAGGUAGUGUGAUGAUACAAAUCCAUGAAUACUGGAUUGAAGCCUUCAGCAAGAAGAAAUUGGAUGCAAUGUUUUCUGACUGGACAGAGAAAAAUGAACAGUAUUAUGAUGAGAAAAUCAUUGAGCACAGAUCUCAAAUCUACUAUCCUUGGAAAGAAAGCUUUGAAUAAUGCAUCAAGUGGUGAUACAUGAGCUGGAAGACUGAUAGGCAAAAGAUGCUACAUUGCCUUCAAACUUCAGAGACAACUCAAAUUGGUUCCAAGCACAAAGCUGCAAACUCAAAACAACUUUACAACCAUGAAACAGGUGUUCUUGCCUCAUAUCAAGUGAGAAAGUAUCACCUCAAUACACACUGAUUACAUCAAACCUCAUUCUACAAGACAAUAGAUUCAGGCAUGUCCUCUGCCUGCAAGUGGGUCAGGUAAUGAUCCACCCCCAUCUUGAUCUGACACUAACCUGGUGGGUACUUCGCAGGAUCAGAUUGGGUUCUUGACAUGAUUAAACUUCUCGACCAAUUCAACUGAUGAGUGCCAAUCAAGUUUCUUGCAGCAAGAUCCUUCACUACUUUCUUUUCUCUUGUUAGUCUGCAGAAGUUGACUACCUAUUGUUGAUGACAGGAAAUAACUGAAGUGGACAGUGAGCUUUGCAUUGCAUUCUUAUGUGUGCUGAAGAAAGCCAGUUCUUCCAUAUGCCAUGGAUGAAAAGAGGAAGAAGCAUCUGGAUUCCUCUUUGCUUGUCCUGUGAGGACUCCAUUUUUACAGAGAAGGAAGCACAGUCCAAGCUGUCACCAAUUGUUAUUCCUAAUCAUCACAGUUGACCAAACCACUCACUUGCCACAUACCACCAACUGUAUCUUCUCUUUCCUUUCUUUAAACAUCUUUAGACUUCUGAUAGACUUCAAUAUCAUGGUCAUGCUCUCAGGGGAGAGUUCUUGACCCAGCAACAAGACUGAUCCAUUGCAGUUGUCCUAGUGGUGAAAGCCUCCUGCAAUACUCAGUCUCAUUACUUUGUGAAGGCAUCCAAUCUUCAUCUUCUAUGUUGUUUCACAGGUCAGCUCCUGAUCUCCAGGCUUCCACCCAAAAGCAGUGGAAAGUAGCCAUGUCUGAGUUGGUUGAUAUUGUCUCACAGGUCAGCAGAAUGCAUUCAUUUCUGACAUGAAGUGGGUUAUCAAGGCCUGUUGACUUUUGCUGCCUUUUCAAGUUGUUCAUCAUUUUUGUAUUUGUUUCUUAAUUCAUCAAAACCUAUCAAAGAGUGAUAGGAUGCACAUAGGAAUGCUGUUUUUCAAAGGCUAAUCAGCCAACCUUUGCAAAGUCAACCAAGUGGCAUAGACACUCAAA